UAAUGGCUAAAAUAUAAUGUAUUUUAAAGUUAUUCAAUGGUUCAACCUCAACCAACCCAAUUAGUCCAAUUUUUAUCAUUUCAAAUAUAUAUUAUAUAAUUAUUUGAUAUCAUAAUGAUCAAAUUAUAGUGUAUUUUUAUAGGGAAUCGUUUGAUAUUUGUUAGUAAAAAACUAAACAGAAAGAUCUAUUUGGUUAUUUUAAACAUUAAAAUGAUCCUAAAUAUUUUUCAGUUCCUUUUGAAUUUCUAUGGUUUUAUUCCCGAAUAAGUGAUGUGCAAAUGGCGAAUUGCAGUCAUCUCUUUUCUUUCACUACUUUUUAUUUUCAAAUAGAAAGUUUAAAAGUAAAGAAUAAUUAGAAUUUGGCAUGGGUCGGUCAAACAGGCUGAGUUUCAAGUUUUGGCCCGUUUUGAUCAAGUCUAAUUUAUAAUCACAUGGUUCCCUGAUACCCGAUAAAAAUCUCAAUCCAAACCAGUUUGGCAGGUGAGUCCGUGUUUACCACCAUUUUCUAGGGAUAAGACAAUGGCGGUUCCUAUCCCAAAUCUUGUUGUUCGUUUUUUAUUUCCUUAGAUUUUAUCAUGGCCUGACAAAAACCAGAAAGCACAAUGACGACAAGAUGAAAGUUUUAUAAAGCAAAUUAAUCGGCCAAGGGGCCGAGUAAAAGCUAGCAACGAUUGUGAGAUGCUCAUUUCCCGAAAACCGACGGGAUAGACGAUUUUUUAAUCGAUUUUCUGGAAUUCGGUUUCUAUAAAACUUACUCCACCUCAUCAUAUUAUCAGAAACAAUAUAUUGUUUCACAAGGUAACAUGUACUUGAUUUUGGUUCAUAAGGCCGAUUUUUGAUUCGUUGCAUCAUUCAUGUCUCUUUCCUGCUAAAAUUCACUAUUUUUAUCACGUGUUUGGCAAAAAAAACUAUACAACAAUAAGCUAUACAAUCCAUUACAUCAUCAAAUUUCAUACCUCACCUUCCUCCGGCCAGUUGGCCGGGGCCCACACUAGUACGUUACAAUGAUGCGACAGUUACUUGUGGAGAAGAGAGCGCGAAAAAUGUGAAACAAGAACGACAUAACUCAAGGCUCGUUGCCACACUAUCCUCCAGUCCACAACUUUAGAAACAUAACGUAACGUACCACGCCAUAUUCUUUAUAUAUACACCACAAGAGUUGCGCAGCCAGUAUAUAAGUAGACCUCUUUAAUUGUCUCUUCAAAUAAAGCCAACAAUGGAGAAGCAGCAGCCACUUCCGACGGAGUCGUUUUGGGGAACUCAUCACGAGGUUUGCCAGGUAGAAGGAUUCUGGUACAUGGCCGGGUUUAUGGAAGCCAUGGCCGCCUUCAGGUCCGAAUUCGAGCCGCGGAAGGACGACAUUCUCUUGACAUCUUUCACGAAAAUAGGAUCAACCUGGCUCAAGGCUCUCUGCUACAACAUCCUCGACCAAGAAGAGAACGACAUUCUGCUGAAGGAGAACCCACACUGUGUGGUUCCCACGCUCGACAUCACUUUCCUCCAAGACCGAGUCCAACACAUGUUGCUCAAUUCCCCUCCGGGUCGCGGCAGAUUGCUCCACACUCAUCUCCCCUGCAGUUACCUGCCGGAGAAGGCGAGGAGCUCCGGAUGCAAGCUCGUCUAUGUGGCUCGAAACCCUAAGGACACGCUGGUGUCGCUGUGGCACUUCCACAACAAGAACGUGGAAGUCGACCAGUUCCCGCUGGAGAGCGCGGUGGAGACCUUCUGCAGCGGGGUUAUGCCUUUCGGGCCUUUCUACGAGCACGUGGUGGGAUACUGGGAAGAGAGCAAGAAGCGGCCGGACGAGGUGUUGUUUCUCAAGUACGAGGAUCUGUGCAGAAACCCCGAAGAGCAAGUGAGGAAGUUGGCUUCAUUUCUUAGCAGGGAAAAAUGGAUAGAUGUGGAGAAGGUACUGUGGCGGAGCAGUUUGAACAGGCUUAAGGAGUUGGAGGUCAACACGGGCGAAGUUGUGAAUGAAGGACAACAUUUUCGCAACUCCACGUAUUUCAGGAAGGGAACUGUUGGGGAUUGGAAGAACUACUUGACUUCCGACAUGGCUCGACGUAUCGAUCAACUCACCCGUGUUAAGUUGCAGGGGACCGGGCUUUCUUUCGACGAUGAGUAGUUAUGUGUGCUACGAAAAGGAAAUACUAUUUGCAGUCAUUUUCAUUUAUUUCGUUCUGUAUCAGAAGCUUUAUCCGUUUGGACUUUGUUCGUGUGUGAAUAAGGGCACCUUCGUACUGUAUGAAGAAUGUCUAAUGGGAAUAAAAUCAAAAGCUGCUUUCUCUUAAUCCUCUAAUCAUUCCUUUAACUUUAGCUCAUAGUAUGGGCUGACAAACUUCUCCAACUUUCGUCUUAAUUGGGUUUCACUCACUUAUUUGAUUAUUCUUUUCUUUAAUUUAUUUGUUGAUUCUUGGGUAGUAAAUUCUGGGACGGGAUACAAUAGCAACAUCCUUAAUGUUGUUAUAGUAACGACAAGGACAAAAACGUAAACUAACAAAAUUAACCCAAAUAGCAACGAAUGAACCCCUGCUCGGGAAUUCGUUAGGGUGAUAACUAAAAUUUUAGUAGCCACCGUGGCUACAUCAUUAUCUGUCGUCUAUUUUUAUUUUUUCAUUUUUUUAAUCUCAUGGUUAAGAUUACGUCAGGGUAAUUUUGGAAACGAUAAAGUGUCCACACCGGAUUAUUCUAUAUAUUCUACCCAAACCCUACUUUUACACUCCACUCUCUCCAACCAAACCCUACUUGAGACGGUUGUCGAUUGCUGGCUGCCCACCCUCCAUCCCUCUCCCCUCCGACCACCUCCCUUCGCCGGCCAUCCCUCCCCCUCCCUCCCGAUCCCCUCUCUCUCUCUCUUCCCAUAUGUUCUUCCUCUGCAGUAGAAUCUCUCCACUAAUAUAUAAAUGUCUCUUAUAAUUAUGUCAUAUGGAAACAAAUCUAAUAAUCUUUAUAAUUAUGUCAUAGGAGAGUCAUGCUUUGGGGUCCUUUUUACGAGCAUGUGGUGGGAUACUGAAAAGAGAGCAAGAAGAGGCCCGACGAAGUGUUGUUUCUCAAGUACGAGGACCUGUGUAGAAACGCGGAAGAGCAACUGAGGAAGAUGGCCUUGUUUCAUGGCCGAAAAACGAUCAUAGAUGUGGAGAAGGUACUGUGGUCUGUGGCGGAGCAGUUUGAACAUGCUGAAAGAGUUGAAGGUCAACAAGGAUGAUGAUUGUGCUCAUUUUGGAAAGGAAGAAAUACGUAUUCCCAACUCAACCUACUUCAGAUUGGCCCUAGCUUGCUAUCAUAUUGGCAAUGCAAUUUUGAAUCGAAUCCGCUAAUCAAAUCCAAUUAAUCCA